AAAGGACAGUGAGGCUCUGACGAUGCAGGAACUGUGUCGUGGGCAGCACCCAAGGUCCCAUCCCACUGUCUCACAGGGGGUUCCACAGAGCUGUCUGGCAGCACUGAAACUGAGCAGCACUUUGGGAAGGCCCACCUGGAGUAGAAGCCUGCUGCCUGAGCCCUAGGACCAUGAAUAGUGCAACCUGUAACAGCACCUUCAUGUGGCCUGAUUCCAUCAACAACAUCUUCAUCGGCUACACAGCCUUGCUGCUGGUGCUGGGCCUGCUGCUCAACGGCCUGGCGCUCUGGGUAUUCUGCUGUCGCAUGUACCAGUGGACGGAGACCCGCGUCUAUAUGACCAACCUGGCUGUGGCUGACCUCUGCCUGCUCUGCUCCUUGCCGUUCGUGCUGUACUCCCUGAAACACAGUGCUUCAGACACCCCCAUCUGCCAGCUCUCGCAGGGCAUCUACCUGGUCAACAGGUACAUGAGCAUAAGUUUGGUCACUGCUAUUGCCGUGGACCGCUAUGUGGCAGUGCGGCAUCCCCUGCGUGCCCGUGAGCUGCGGUCCCCACGACAGGCUGCGGCAGUGUGUGUGGCCCUCUGGGUGAUAGUGGUCACCUCCCUGGUAGUGCGCUGGCGCCUGGGGAUGCAAGAGGGUGGCUUUUGCUUCAGCAGCCAAAGCCGGCACAACUUCAGUACCACUGCCUUCUCGCUGUUGGGAUUCUACCUGCCGCUGGCCAUCGUGGUCUUCUGCUCUCUGCAGGUUGUGACUGUACUGGCGCAAAGGCCGGCCACUGAUGUGGGGCAGGUGGAGGCCACCCGAAAGGCCGCCCGUAUGGUCUGGGCCAACUUGGCCGUGUUUAUCAUCUGCUUCCUGCCCCUGCAUGUGGUCCUGACAGUGCAGGUCUCCCUGAACCUCAACACCUGUGCUGCCCGAGGCAUCUUCAGACGUGCCCUGUCCAUCACAGCCAAGCUCUCAGACACCAACUGCUGCCUGGAUGCCGUCUGUUACUACUACAUGGCCAAAGAGUUCCAGGAUGCUUCCAUGCCUGCCACAUCCUCCAACACACCCCACAAGAGCCAAGAUUCUCAGAGCCUGAGCCUUACCUAGAAAAAGUAAACACGUGCCAUGAGCAGAGGAACCUGUGAUAUGAGCAAGGAGCCCCCAAAUCAGCCUUAACCUGCUGUGGAGUUUGAGCACUCUAGGAGACCCAGUUGGCCUAGAGAGGCUGUAUCUGCUCCCCUGAAAGAACCAGAGGACUGAGACUUUAACAUCUGACUUGAGGGACCCUGGAACAAGACCAUAUACCUGCCACCACAGAUCUAGAAACCCUGGGCACCAGAAUGGGGCCUUGAUGGCUAGCCACUGAGUUUAGGAUACAGCUCUUCCCUGGAGUUGGUCCUGGCAAGGUCCUUUGUCACUCAGAUGCAAGCGAUGAGAGGCAAAGAAGGGACAUACAGCUCAGAGAACCAGGAGACAUCUUCCCAGAGGACCCUCUAACUGCUUCCUUUUGGGACUACUAACCUUCACACUACAUGUAGGGCUAGGCGAAAGGGCAGCAGCUGUGAUCUGGAAGGCUGUCCACCAAGGCCCGUGGCUGUCAGUGUUGCUCAUCUCUGUAUUCUGAGGGUUCCCGCUCAGGAGACCCAGUGGUCAUAAAGUCAUGCUCAACAGUGACACCGCUGUUGCAGUCCUGAGCCUCUUGUGGUAUUUCCAUUCUGCAGUGGGCCUGUUGAUCACUGAGGCCAGCCACUGUGGUAGUGGUCUGCUGGAGUUUGUUGUGAGGAAGAUUGACAGUUUUGGUUUGGUACCGGGGCACUCUGAGGAUGUGGCCCCAGGCUGUGAGGGGCUCUGGAGUAAAGGAUCAGCCACAAAGCCAGCUCAGAGCCAGAACACAUUUGGAGGUGUGGUAGUCCUGGGCUUCUCCCUCUGUGCUUUGUUUUUUUGUCUUGGCCCAAAUGCUACAACCAUACCCAGAGCCAGAGCCCCUCCAGCUCAGGGGAGUAGGGGGACUGGCCCUCCCCACUCUCCACCCCCACUUCAUCCAAGGCCUACUGCCUAACUGACCCCUUUUUUGGUAUGACUUAUUCUACUACAAAAAACAAAAGUCUGUUAAUCCUCCAGACACCAAAGAAAAGAUUCCAUCCAAGUAUAAAUUGGUGAACCAGUUUAUUGGAGUUACUUACAAAAGCAUGGUGACUCUUGGGUGCUCCAUCACUGAGAAGCCCCACUCAGCAUAGGUGACAAUCCCCAAACUCCAACACUAGAUUACCAAUUACCCAGUAAACUUCCACCUCCUACACGCCCCAGACACCGGCUCCCGGACAAAAUGUGGCUAGGGUAUGAGGAAGCCAUGGCUGCAACCCCAGGUCUGCUGACCCACAUCUCCCUGUCAGAGAAUGCUAACAGCGUCACGCUCAUCAGCCUAUUUACCGCAGUAGUAUUUUGCUUGUUUCUUUGCCGUGACUGUGGGUCAAGGCGUUCAGUGGAUCAGAGCAGCACUUUUCCUGCUUUUGGCUCACGACCGUCCUAAGCCAGAGGAAAUGGCUUUUCUACCACACUCACCCACUCUCCCUCCAGUUCCCACAUCCCCUCCACCCUCUCUUCUGUAAUAAUAUCUGAACCUUCACCUUGGAAGGAAUGGUGUAUUUAUAUAAUAUCAAAAUAUA